AUGGAAAUCCGCCAGAAGCUUCUUCGGGUGAAGUUUCAAAUUCUCGUCGCCCUCACUCUCACUCUCUCCGCCAUCUUCAUCUGCUAUCUUGCGCCCACGUUCGUCGACAUUCUCAACUACUUUUGGCCGCUGCUCCUCUCAACGGCGCUGUUUCUCGUCGCCCUCUUUGUUCUCGACCGGAUCUCGCCAGUUUCGGACAAUUCCGGCGAGAUAGCCGGCGAGGAUUUAUUGGAUUACGUCGCCGGCGAGCCUCCGGUUGGGGGAUUAGAGACAAUCGUCGAAGCAACCGAGGUAAGAGAAGAGAGCGUGAAAGUCGAGUAG